CAUCAUCAUCAUCAUCAUCAUCAUCUUCUUCUUCUUCUUCUUCUUUUGCUCCUCCUCUUCUCAAUAAAACUAGCUCUAUAUAACUAUCUAUCUGUCAUACAUAUAUAUAUAUAUAUAUACCAAAAGUUAUGGGAUUAACAUCAGUUAUGUGCCACCUUACAUCAUACUCAGAGAUGAUGAAAGCAAGGUGCUCUUCAUUGAUCUAUGGGAAUAAGAAGCCAAAAAGAAUUACUUCUACAAGCACAAUGGCGAGGCUGUUCGGCCCUUCAAACUUUGAAGAAUCUAAACUUAAGGUCUUGUUCGUUGGCAUCCAUGACAAGAAGAAUAAGAAUAAGAAGACCAGCAGUAGUAUUCUCCCAAGAACAUACACUCUCACUCACAGCGAUGUCACUUCUCAUCUCACCCUCGCCAUUUCCAACACCAUCCAUCACCCUCAGUUACAGGGAUGGUACCACUGGUUACAAAGAGAUGAAGUAGUAGCCGAAUGGAAAAAAGUCAGAGACAAAAUGUCACUGCAUGUACAUUGUCAUGUUAGCGGCGGUCACAUCCUCCUCGAACUCUUCGCCCCUCUUCGGUUUUACAUUUUCUCCAAAGAAUUACCUGUAGUUCUCAAGGCCUUCAUUCAUGGAGAUGAAAAUUUUUUUAGCACAUAUCCUGAGCUAGAACAUGCUCCAGUGUGGAUUCAUUUCCAUUCCAACAUACCGGAAUUCAAUCGUGUUGAACAUUGGGGUACUCUUCAAGAAGCAGCUACCAUUAAUUUGACGUGCUAA